UUGGGUUAGAGUUUAAAACCUAGAUUUACUUGUUAACGUGUAAUCGUGUAAAUAUUAGAUCUAGAUCUAGAUCUAGAUUAUCUAGAUUCUAGAGUGGACCAGUUAUAGACUAAUAAAGACAAUAAAUUAUAAAGUAAUAUAGACUUAGAUCUAAUAGACUAGAGUUAAUACUAUUAAAAUUAAUAGAGCUCUAUAAUUAAUACUGUUCAAGAUUUUGCUUUUUUUGCCAAACUGACUUUGCAGUCAGAUUCAUCAUUUAGAAUAAUUUACUAUUUAGAUCUAGAGUUCUAGACUAGACUAGAUUUUAGAUCUCUAUCUAGACUAGAUCUAGAUCUAGAGAUCUUAUUUAACAAUCAUAACAAUAUUAUUAUUAACAAUGAGUUCAAGCAGCCAAAGUUCCAAGCUGAACACUCGUAAAGUAUUGUCUGAAGACAAUUGGACAAAGCUGAACGCAGUGCUGCAACCACUGUUACUAACUGAUGAAAUUAUAGACAAAAUUCGGGCAGCAUUUAGUGACCAGAUGCAUCUGGCUAACAGCACUGAUGAAAAUGUCAGGAAGACUUCUGAUCACUUAAUGAUGAAUACAUUUAUACGAGAACUUCUGGAUGGAACAGAGCAAGGUGAUUUCCUUGGCCUUGACCUGGGUGGAACUAAUUUUCGUGUCGUGCUUGUGAGGUUUAAAGAUGGUGUAGCAGACACAGUCACACAGUAUUACAACUUGACUGAUGAAACUUUAAGUGGGCCAGCUGCAGGGGUCUUUGACUUCAUUGCUGAAAGCAUCCAAGAUUUUCUUGUGAAACAAGGCCUGGACAAAUCUGAACAGAAAAUUCCACUUGGUUUUACUUUUUCAUUUCCUUCAACACAACUUGCCUUAAAUAAAAGUAUUUUACUGACAUGGACGAAGACUUUUAAAUGUCCUGAUGGGGUUGGAGAAGAUCCGGUGGCCAUGUUGGAAGCUGCUAUAGAAAGGAAAACAAAAAAUUUACCAGUUGACAUUGUGGUUGUGAUGAGCGAUACUGUCAGCACUUUAAUGGCUGGAAACUAUUUAGACAAAAAAUGUAGAGUAGGACUCAUUUUAGGUACUGGAUGCAAUGCUGCUUUUGUAGAAAAUAUUUCAGACAUAGACAAAUGGACUGGAGACUAUAAUGACCCAAAACAUGUCAUUGUCAAUGUUGAGCUAGGUUCAACUGGAGACAAUGGAUGCAUGGAUUUUUGCAGGAGUGAGUAUGAAAAAGAGGUCGACCAGUUCUCCAAUCAUCCUGGAUCAUUCACUUUUGAAAAAUCUUUUUCUGGAAUGUAUCUUGGAGAAUUGGUUCGUCUUGUACUGGUUCGUCUGAUUAAAGAUGGAACUCUCUUUAAUGGUAAAGCAGAAAAGCUUAUAGAAGGUAGAUGGAAAUUUACAACCUCCCAUGUGACUGAUAUAGAAAGUGAUGCAGGAGAAUCCCAAGAGAAUACCAAGAAUGUCCUCAAGAAGUUUGGCCUGGACUCUGGUGUCACUGAUGAAGACAUUGCUAUUGUCAGAGAAGUGUGUGAGUUCAUAUCACGCAGAGGUGCUCACAUUAUUGCGGCAGGGAUGUCUGUCCUCAUCAACUACAUCAGAUUGCCCGAGGUGACUAUCGGUAUUGACGGCUCACUGUAUGAGAAACAUCCCAAGUUCCACGACAGUAUGAUGGAAAUUUUUGAAAGAUUCAGCCCUAAUACAAAGGUGAAGAUGAUCUUGGCUAAAGAUGGCAGUGGACAAGGAGCUGCAUUUGCUGCGGUUUCAGCAUUACGUCAAUUGGCUAAGGGAAUACGAUGUUCAUAGUUAAAUGAGGAUUUAGAAAAGUCUCACAAUUGUAGGUUUACUAUUCAAAACUUUAUUGUGUUUAUGCUACUCAUGAAAGAGAUGUUGAUUAUUUUAUUGUUUUAUAACUGAAACUAAGUCAUGGUCCAUUCAGUAUACCAAACACAUGAGAAGUUCCCAAUGCUAUAAUUAAAUUCAAUAUACAAUAUUCCAAGAUGUAGAUAUCUCUUAACACAAAUAUUCAAAAUACUGGUCAGUUAUUCGUAUAUGUACUUGUGAACAUAAUAGACUCUAUCAGUUUUACCUUUCGUUACUUUCAGACAUUUUAUUUUAAAUAAAAGUCUCCCCAAGUUAGGUUGUUUUUUACUAACUGAACUUGGCUAAAGACUUAGGAAUUGUUAAUUCAUUGAUUUAAAAAUAUUUUGUGUGUAUGUGUAAGUUUUCACUUGAUAAAUUGCAUCGUAAAGUUUCAUUAUUUACUGCUUUAAUUUCUUCUUGAGCGUGUCCUAUAGUUCCCAUGUUCUUUUUUUAUAAUAAGAAUAUCUUUUUUUAUUUUUUGUUUCAUUUGCUAUAAUGAAGAAUAUAGAUUUAAUUAUAUGUUUGUUUCAUGAAUAUUUUACUUUUUUUCUUGCUUUUCAUUUGUAGAAUUCAGCCUGUGCUGUAGAAAUUUCACAUCAUUCAUUAUGAAACUCGUCUUCAUUAAAAAAAAAAAAAAAAAAAAAUAGAAUUUUGUUGGUCUUGUCAAGAACAUUUUACAAAUUCAUUGCAUAGACUGAAAAAAAAAUUGUUUUUUUUUUUGUUUCCCCUUAAAUUUCUUGUUUUUUUUUCUAAUUUAUGAUACAAAUGUUCAGAGGUGAUAAAAGAUUUUAUUUUUAACCUAACAGAUUUUUUUUUUCUUUGUUGUUACUGCCAUAAGACUUACUUUUUGUUAUCUUUUUAUUUUACUCCUGCCAGUAUUUUUUGUUUGUUUUUAACUAGUUAUUGUGAAAUCAGUCAUUAGGGUUGUAGACAAUCACAGCAUGCUGGACUAUAUAUCUCAUUUUUAUAUCACUAUUUAUUAGUUUUUAGUAAAGGAUUUUUAAUUUCUUCAUUCUAACUUCAUCUCAACUACACCAAUGUAAAUGUUGACUCAAUGAAGCUUGUCAAUUUUACAAGGGCAAUUAAUUCAUGGCCUUGAAAACCUUAAUGUACACGUUUUAUUGUUGUUUUACAUGUUUUUUUUAUGUAGGAAUAAAACAAUGGCUUCCUUUGAGCUAGAUGUACAAAAAUGUGUACGUCAUAGCUGGGUUCCCAUAGCCCCAUAUAAUUUUGUAAUAUUUCCCAAUCUUCAGACUCAUAGACAAUGCCUAAAUUCUAUUCCUUGUCAAAUAAUAUUCAAUACAAAGCCAUAAAAUCCUUUUAUUACUUCUUGAGAUCUUUGUAUUAACACUGGACUGUGUUGUUGAAAGUAAUAGGAAUCUUAUUAGUUCAGUGACUAAAAGAUAGCCUACUAUAAUUAAGCUAAAAACUGUGUUUGCUGAUUUGAAGAGACCACCAAUAAAAAAUAAAUCUAUCUAGAAUGGUCGAUUCAUCUAGCAGCAUUCAUGAUCAGUUUUGUCAAUCUAAUUGAGUUUAUUUGUCUGGCAGGGUUCAUCCUUCUCAUUUGAGUGCUUUAUUCUUGUAUGAUUAAACUUCUAGUUGUAUUUAUUAAUCCAUGACUAAUCAAAGAAAUUCAGUAUAAGUUGUUAGUCUAAUUUCAUUUGUGAAUCUCUUAACUGGAUUAAAAUACAAUCAUAUUUAAUCAACAUUCCUCAUUGCACUUUGAAACAGUGGCAGGACAUAGUUAAUAAGCUCUCAUACAUGAUGUAGCUUAUAGGUAACCAGUGUUCCCUAUCAGUAACCUAUAUCCUAGGAGCCUUACCAGUGGCCUACGUUCCCUAUCAGUAGCAUGUGUUCUUGGAAAAUGACUAUCACUCAACACUAAUGGUGACCCCAUCUAAAAAACUAUACAACUAGAACUUUAUCGGAAACUAUAUUUAAUUUCAUGUGACUUAUAACUAAAAAGUCUCUCCUUAGUCUCUGGCAUAUAAAUCUUUUGCUUUUGUGAACAUAUUUAGGAUUUUUUUUAAAUUUGUGUACAUAAUAUGUAUACAUAUGAUUCAAUGUGACACUGAAUUAUUUUAAUGUUCAGAGUUUUAUUGGGUAGUAUUACUUAUUCUAGUGAUUUACUUUCAAAUGUUAUAUUUUAGAAAUGUUUUACAAAUAACAUGUAAUAUAUACAUUAAAAAUAAAAGUUUUAAAAACACUAUA